UUUAGUGUGUUUAAUGUACUGAAAGCCUUCCUGCCGCAGUGCACGAUGGGAAACUAUAAAAGCCAUUUUACCUCAAACUCUCUUCAGACAAGACGAUUAAAAGCUCUAUAACAGCCCACAGGUAAUAGUGUGUCAGUAUGGCCCGUACUAAGCAGACCGCCCGUAAAUCCACUGGAGGAAAAGCCCCCCGUAAGCAGCUGGCGACUAAAGCUGCUCGUAAGAGUGCACCCUCCACCGGAGGAGUCAAGAAGCCCCAUCGCUACAGGCCCGGAACUGUGGCUCUGCGUGAGAUCCGUCGGUACCAGAAGUCCACUGAGCUGUUGAUCCGUAAACUUCCAUUCCAGCGUCUGGUGCGUGAGAUCGCACAGGACUUUAAAACCGACCUGCGCUUCCAGAGCGCCGCCAUUGGAGCCCUGCAGGAGGCCAGUGAGGCGUAUCUCGUGGGUCUGUUUGAGGACACUAACCUGUGCGCCAUCCACGCCAAACGUGUCACCAUCAUGCCCAAAGACAUCCAGCUGGCACGCCGCAUCCGCGGAGAACGCGCUUGUGUCAGUAUGGCUCGUACUAAGCAGACCGCCCGUAAAUCCACUGGAGGAAAAGCCCCCCGUAAGCAGCUGGCGACUAAAGCUGCUCGUAAGAGUGCACCCUCCACCGGAGGAGUCAAGAAGCCCCAUCGCUACAGGCCUGGAACUGUGGCUCUGCGUGAGAUCCGUCGGUACCAGAAGUCCACUGAGCUGUUGAUCCGUAAACUUCCGUUCCAGCGUCUGGUGCGUGAGAUCGCACAGGACUUUAAAACCGACCUGCGCUUCCAGAGCGCCGCCAUUGGAGCCCUGCAGGAGGCCAGUGAGGCGUAUCUCGUGGGUCUGUUUGAGGACACUAACCUGUGCGCCAUCCACGCCAAACGUGUCACCAUCAUGCCCAAAGACAUCCAGCUGGCACGCCGCAUCCGCGGAGAACGCGCUUAACCUUCUGUCUUCCUUCUCUCUGUGUUUUUCGUAGUUUCUGGAGUAACAGUGAUGGUGGGGUGGGGGGUGAUGUAUGUGUCUCUUUGUUUUGUUUUUGGCAGCAUUAGGGUACUUCCUGUUAUCAUGUACCAACCUGUGCCUGAUCAGCAUCAAACACACACACACAUACACACACACAUGUGAUUGUGUCAGGGUCUUAUUCCAUCUGUUAGGUCCAAUGGACUACAGAGGGGUCAGGGCUGAUGUCUGCAUUUAGGGGCUUUAAGGUCUCUUGUGCAGGGUGCUAACACAGCCCCGACCCGUCCCAGAGUUCUCCGUGCCAUCCUUCCUCAAAUGAACCUGUCCGUUGGCACCCUAGUGAACGUGUGUUUGUGGCUGUUGAUCGGAACGGUGAUUUGUAUUCAAGUCUGAACAUAUCUCCAUACAGUGUUUGUGACUGCAAUAUUAGGAAAUACUUUUAAUAAUGAUUGAUUUUUUUAAUGCAUUUGUACGUGCUUAUUUAAUAGAUCUCGAGUGUAUUGUUGUGGAUACAUUACAAGUCAUUUCAGUUUAAACACUCAUGCAUAAAGGGAUAUUACCUGUAACUCUGUUUCACCUUUAAUUCUGAUUCACCCAGAAAAUAAUGUGUCCUGUUGUCUGUCCUGUUCAUUGGAUCUUUUGAUUGGAAAAUCUGGUCAAAGUGAGAUAUUAACAUUAACUGAAUAAAUCAGCUUGACACUGUUUUUAGUUUUGCCAUGUGGCAGUUUAAUUUUGAGUGCAUUUCCUUUGUUAAAAGAACAGAUCUCUUCUAAUUGCAUCCCUUCACUAUGAUGUGAUUUUCUCAGGCAAACAUGGAAAACCAUUUUAACUUAAUCCUGUUUAAUUGGUGGGUAUUUUUUGGUUUAUUUUUUCCUUUAUUUAUAGUUUCAUUCAGGUGUUUAAUAAGCUGAUCUUUGUAAUUUGAAAUUUUUCAUAAUUGUGUAAUAAAUGGAUGUCACACAAA